AUGGUGUACAAAAAAAUGCCAUUCGAGUUGUCUAAUGCAGAAGCCACUUUUCAGAGAGAAAUGGAUAUGGCUCUCAAAGGGCUUAUUAAUAAUUUUGUGCUUGUAUAUCUAGAUGACAUUAUUGUCUUUUCAAGGAAUGUUGGUCAACAUUUUGAUCAUUUAAGACAGAUUUUUGAGAGAUGCAGGGAGUUUGGAGUCUCUUUAAAUCCAAAAAAGAGCAUUUUUUCUGUUCAUGAAGGACAUAAAUGGAUCCUAACAGCAACAUAUUACUUUACCAAAUGGAUUGAAGCAAUCACACUUAAAGAGGCAAAUGAAAAUUCAGUUCUGAAUUUUUAUCAAGAUCUAGUAUCCAGGUUUGAUACCCCUGAUGCAAUUAUAUCAGAUAAUGUCUUAGCUUUUAUUGGUUUAAAAGAAUCAGAUUUGUGUGUUAAGAACAAUGUUUUUCUAAGUGCUUCAUCAAAUUAUUACCCCCAAGGUAAUGGACAGGCUAAAUCAACCAAUAAGAAUUUGAUUAAGAUCAUCAAAAAGUCUAUUCAGCAUAAUCAUAUAACAUGGCAUGAAGAGCUAAAGUUAGCCCUAUGGGCUGAUAGGAUGACACCAAAAAGAGUUACAUAUUUUUCACCUUAUGUUCUAGUUUAUGGCAAAGAGGCCAAAUUGCCAAUUUCAGUAGAAUUUCCAGCUCUCAGUUAUAUAAAAGAACAUGAAAUGUUAGAGGAGCAGCCAAUGGAAAUCGAGAUUGCUCAAUUAAUGGAGUUGGAAGAAACCAGAAAUGAAGCUUUUAGAAAGAUUGAAAUUCAUCAUUCUCAGAUGAAGAAGACAUUUGAUAAAAAGGCAAUAUCAAGGACCUUCAAUGAAGGUGAUUUAGUUUUCAAAUGGGAUGAACUUAAAUUAAGACCUGAUAGGCAUACCAAGUUUGAUGCCAUGUGGGAUGGCCCAUAUAUAAUCACUAAGAAGAAACAACAUAACACAUUUCAACUUUCAAAGCUAGAUGGAGAAGUUCUACUGAUCCCAUUUAAUGAGAUCCACCUCAAACCUUGUUUUUAA